AAGGUUCUGGAAUUCAUCAGUCACAUCAUCAACUCUCGCAAAGUAGCAUCCCAAGUGAUCCAAAAGAAAAAGCCCACAAAAUGAAGUUCAUCGUUGCCUUCGCUGCUCUGAUUGCCCUGGCUCUGGCCGCUCCCGUCGAUGAGAAGGACGCUCAGGUUCUGAAGUACGACAGCGAUGUUUCCGCCGAUGGAUACAGCUUCCAGUACGACACCAGCAACGGAAUCCAGGCCCAGGAGAAGGCUGAGCUGAAGAACUUUGGUGAUGAUGUGGUCGCUCUGGUCGUCCGUGGAAGCUACUCGUACACCGCCGCUGACGGACAGGUCUACACCGUGAACUACGUUGCCGAUGAGAACGGUUUCCAGCCAGAAGGUGCCCAUCUGCCCAAGGUAUAAGUCAUCAAUGCAUACACCCGAAGUCAUUCUGUAAAUUAGUGUAGAUAAAACAACCGAACUUCACAAAAAUGUACAAAAUUGUUUCGAAAACCGUUUAAAUAAAUUGUUGCCGCAACCA